AUGGGGCAGUCCGGCCGUCCACCGACGGCACCCCUUCGCUCGUUGCUUAUCCCGCCUCCGCGGAGCUGGACUAACCCCCGGGGGGAAGGCCAGGCUUCGGGCCAACAGCGGCGUCUGCAUCAGGGCUGCCGCCCAGCCGUCCGCUCUUCACAAGCCCGCGGCGCGCCAAAGCCGCCUGUUCUUGCUGGAGCCCUCCGCCUUCUGCCCAGAUACAUGCUGGUCGAGUCCAAAUCACUCAGGAAAUCGGAACCACGCGUUUCCAAAUCGCGAUUCCCGGUGGGAGUUUCGCCGUCUGUUUCAGGAACUGCUGAUGAAGAAUUCAAUGAGCUUUGCUUUGAGUUUGGUUUGGAGCUUGAUGAAAUUACAUCUGAGAAAGACAUUAUAAGUAAAGAAAAAGGUGAAGAAAAGGCAAAGGGCGCAUCUGAUACCGUUCUCUAUAAAAUUGAUGUUCCCGCCAACCGUUACGAUCUUCUUUGCCUUGAAGGGUUGGUCCGAGGGCUGCAGGUCUUUAAAGAAAGGAUAAAUCUCCCUAGGUACGAAAAGAUAAUACCAGCUCAGGGUGAAGGUCAGAGGCUGAUUAUCACUGAAGAGACUGUCCAAGUCCGUCCUCAUGCUGUAGCUGCAGUCCUUCGUAAUAUAACUUUUACCAAGGAACGUUAUGAUAGUUUCAUUGACCUCCAAGAAAAACUACACCAAAAUAUUUGCAGGAGAAGAGCGUUAGUAGCAAUAGGUACCCAUGACUUGGACACCAUCUCUGGUCCAUUUACUUUUACAGCUAAAGCACCUUCCGAAAUUAAAUUCAAGCCCUUGAAUCAAUCCCAGGAGUACACAGCUUCACAAAUUAUGGAUCUGUAUAGGACUGACAGCCACCUUCGGCACUAUUUACACCUAAUUGAAAACAAGCCGCUUUAUCCUGUCAUUUAUGACAGCAACGGUGUUGUUCUGUCCAUGCCACCAAUCAUCAAUGGAGAUCAUACAAAAAUAAGCGUAAACACCAGAAAUGUGUUUAUUGAAUGUACAGGCACAGAUAUGACAAAGGCAAAAAUUGUUCUUGAUAUUAUAGUCACGAUGUUCAGUGAAUAUUGUGAGAAGCCAUUCAGUGUUGAAGCAGCAGAAGUAGUUUAUCCUAAUGGGAAGACCCACAUCUACCCGGAACUGGCUUACCGAAAAGAGAAGGUGAAACCUGAACUCAUUAACAAGAAAGUAGGAAUCAGUGAAACUCCAUCAAGCCUUGCAAAGCUGCUGACUAGGAUGUGUUUGAAGUCACACGUCAUAGGGAAUGGGAACAAUAUAGAGAUUGAAAUCCCUCCUACCAGAGCGGACAUUAUCCAUGCAUGUGAUAUCGUAGAAGAUGCAGCAAUAGCUUAUGGUUAUAACAACAUUCAGAUGACUAUUCCGAAAACGUACACCAUAGCUAAUCAACUCCCCCUCAAUAAGCUCACAGAACUUCUGAGACUGGACUUGGCAGCUGCUGGAUUCACUGAAGCACUCACUUUUGCCCUGUGUUCCCAAGAAGACAUUGCAGAUAAACUUGGCAUGGAUAUCUCUGCAACAAAAGCAGUGCGCAUAGCAAACCCCAAAACUGCAGAAUUUCAGGUGGCACGUACAACCCUCCUUCCUGGGCUGCUGAAAACCAUUGCGGCUAACCGAAAGAUGCCCUUGCCUCUCAAACUCUUUGAGAUUUCUGACAUUGUAGUAAAAGAUCCUGAUACAGAUGUAGGUGCAAGAAACCACAGGCAUUUCUGUGCGGUUUAUUACAACAAGAGCCCGGGGUUUGAGAUUAUCCAUGGGUUGCUGGACAGGGUCAUGCAGCUUCUGGAAGUACCACCAAAUGAAGAGAAUGGAUACACAAUCAAGGCAACUGAAGGCUCUGCUUUCUUUCCUGGUCGCUGUGCUGAGAUCUUUGCCAAAGGUCAAAGCAUUGGGAAACUUGGAGUCCUACACCCCGAUGUUAUCACCAAGUUUGAGCUCACCAUGCCAUGCUCUGCCCUAGAGAUCAGCAUUGAACCCUUCGUGUGAGGACGGGACUUUUAUCCUCCUACAGCCAUCCGCUGUCACAUGCAGCACCCUCUGCUCUUUUGUCUUGCUCUGCGGGGGACAUCUGCUUACGCUUUUAUAUUCCAAUAAACUAGAAAAACAGAGCCUGGCUAAAUAUGUUCCUUACAGUGCAAUUUGGCUAGCUUCUGCUGGGUAAGAAUGUGGCAUCUCGGACUAGACCGUGCCCUCAAUAUUUUUAAAGGGCGGGGGGGGGGACGACAAAGAAGUUGGGUAAAAGCCCAGUGUUUUACAAGAGAAAUGUAAUGGCAGAGCACAUGAUUAGUUUUCAAAAUCAGAAAUGUUCCACAGACACAGCUCCAUACUGUAACUGAUUAUGGCUGCAUAACAGGAAUCUCAUUCUUUUCUUAUUGCAUGAAAUAAGAUAAUUGAUUAGAGCAAAUGUUGAGUGAAUGUGAGCAGAACUAAGGAGUUGAGCUUUUAUUCUGUACGGUUGUCAUGUGCUCAUCAAUGGCUGGGGGAGGAAAAUAAACUUGUUUCAU